CUGCAACUUUUUCGCACAGUUGUAUUUUACUUUUGUACGCAAUGAACGAUCCAAACAAGGCCAUUAGUGUGAAUCUCUCCUCGCUGCUCAGCCUGAAGGCGGAAUUGCUGCGGAAACAGCAUGAGGUGAGUGUGGCCAAGGCCACAAAGGGAUCCGCCGCCGACUUUCGCCCCGCCAAGAGCGCCGGCAACAAGGAAAAGUUCAAUGAUCAGGGCUACAAGAAGGUCGGAAGCAGCGACGAUGGUGCCAAAGUGUACGAGGCCGAGGACCAUGCUCAGUUGGAGAAGUCACGGCGCAUCCUGGAGGCCAAGAGUAAGUUCUACGACCGGAUGAGCCGCAAUGGAGGCAGCCUCAACUCCGAUGAUAAUUGCCUGGUGAUGUUCAACCGCAAAAAGCAGGAGGCAGAUCGGGAGCCGGAGCAGCGUACGCACAGGCGUGAGUCCCGCCAGCGACUGAGUAGCAGCAGCAGUUCCAGCCACGAUGAGGAAGACCACGACGAUUUAGAGGUGGAGUACGUUGACUGCCUGGGACGCACUAGAAAGUGUUUGCGGAAGGACUUGAAGGAGGCCAAGAGACGCGACAAGCAACUUGCCGAGAGCAUGCCGGAGCGCCUAGAUCAGACCAAGGCCAACUGGAUGAUAGAUACCAAAGGGAGCCGCGAGCAGAAUAGUAACCACAACAGCGAUGAUGAGUCCUUCAUUGGGCCGCGGCCAACGGAGAGCGUCGUCAGCGAGGCCCUGUCCACGAUGACCAAACACGACGAACAGCGCAUGAACUGGGAGCGCAAGGAGCAGGAGAAUUUCGACAAGCCUGAUGUCCACUACCAGGAUGUCUUCUUUGACGAAGCGCGCACCCACGGUGUUGGCUACUAUGCCUUCUCCACGGACGAAGAGGAGCGCCGACAGCAGCAGUUGGAACUGGAAAAGGCACGCCAAGCUACGACUGCUGAGCAAAUGCGACGAGAUGAAUUGCGCGCCCAACGAGACCGUCUCGUGGCAGAUCGCGUGCUGGCCGCCAAAAACAGGAUUCGAGAACGCAACGGCUUGUCACCCAUCAGCGUAGAAGACUACCUGCGGGAGGAACAGGAAAAGAAGGACGAAUUAGCGAAAGAAGAAGCAGAACUAAAGCGGGAGGAGCAAGAGCGGAAGGCAGCCAUCGAGCGUAAAAAAGAAAAGGAGGAGGCUGAACUUGAAGAAAUGCGAAAGGAGCACGUACGCGAUUGGGACAAAAACAAACCUGGUGUGCGCAAGCGACGAGACUCGGACAGCGCAGAGCCACCUGAGGAGGAGGAGUGGAAGUACAAGGCCGAACGCCUGCCCAUGUCCCAGGAGGAGUGGAAUGAGAAGCAGCGUGCCCAGCGGCCUGCAGAAUUUGCGCCCAUGCCAGAACCUGUUACCCUCAAGCGCAGCAACUUCAGCAGCAUGCCACCGCCUAUGGUGUGGAACCGUGCCCAAGAGCCGCAGUUCCACAACUUUCACAGCACAAAGGAGGAAAAGAAGUUCCAGCGACGGAGCUAUAGUGCGCCUAACGAAGCCGAAGAUGAUGAACAACCGAGCACAUCCAGUCGUGGCAUGGGUGCAGCUAUUCCCCCGCCUUUUGGAUUGGAUGACCGAGCGCCACCAGCUAAAAAGUCCAAGUCCCAGGACGACCUGGAACGCUCCAUCGAAGCGGGUCUUAGAUUUCUGCGCGAGAACUGCGACAAGGGCCUCCUGGGAAACAAGGCCACCUGGACGGCCAAGGCCGAUUACUAAGUUAAGGAAAGGCAUACCCUUCAUUUAUAGUUUAUUACUUUGUGUAAAGAAUACUUUAGAAAAACACAAUACGCCUAGACAAGCCUUCUAUUGUCUGUUUUUUUUCGGCCUAAGUUCAACAAAUGUAUUGUUUAUUUUAGCUACGACUAGAGCGAAUAGUGCUUUUUCACAAUUCCUGUCCAAUUUAAAGGCCCUGUGCCCAAUUGCAUUCCGCCAAGGUAAACGCAAGGGAAACUUCCAUUUUUCGAGAAUACCUACUGAUAUUCAACAACGGGGAUCAUAAAUUAAACGUAAGACUAAACUAAAAACAUCUACUAUUUACUAUUUUGGCAUCGCUCUGUUUGCUCAUCUAGCAGUACAAAUAAAAAAAUAAAUAAAUAAAUUUUUCA